AUGAAGAUUUUAAUAUUCCUUAACACAUUAUGUCUAAUGACAGAAUGUUUUAAAUUUGAUGAAUUAAGACACAAACAAAAAAUAACUUGGAAUCAAAUACAAUACAUUAUGGAAAUUUCUCAGAAUGAGAAAAUAUUUAAUGUAAUCAAUGAAGGAUUCAAAGAAAGAAGUUCUACAUAUAAUGUAGGUAUCACGGGAACGAAUAGUGACAAAUUAAGUUUAGUCAAACAAAACCUUGACAGUGUGAGAUCACGGUUUAUGGACAGAACCAUUGGUUAUAUACUGAAGCAAAUGUAUUACUUUUGUACAUUCGCGAUCCUGCUGAUAAAAUAUAAGCCUUUUACUAUCUCGGAUGAACAAUUAAUUAGAAUAAUUAAAUUGCAUUCAAAUCAACAAUACUGUAUUUUUACGUUUCUGUACGAUUACGGCAAAUAUGAAGUCGAAAAUGCACUAGAAACAAUGAUGUAUUUAAAAUUGUUUACUGAAACUAAUCUUGUAAUAAUACUGACAAAUUUAAAGCGUAUAAUAAAAAAUAUUGAAUCAUAUAAACUAGAAGAAAAUAUUAAACACCAGAUUUAUGGUGAAGUGCAAGAUUUUAAUGACAGUAUACCCGACCUUGAAGUUAGCUUUGAUGAAUUAUUGGAUAAUAUCAAAAAAGACAUUUAUCUUAGCUCAAAUCUGUUUUGUGAUGUAACGGGUCCUCAGCUUAUCAAUGAUGAUAUGUUCAGUAAUACAAAUUUUGAAACUGAUAAUUUUAUGCAUUACGUAUUUGUGUCCGAAGAAUGUAACGUGAAAGUAAGUUUUUUUUUGAAUGUCUUUUAUUGAUUAUGAAACAUAUUUCUAAUUUUAAUUAUUAUACAGAAAAUUACUGUUUAUACAAAAUUAGAUAAUAUGUUAACAUAUACUUGUAUUUAAUAUUCUUAGUUUGUGAAUGCUAAUAGUGAUAGUGAACUCCAUUCGGAAAAACAUCAUAUCGAAUCGUGGGAUUGUAGUAGUAUUUUGGUAAGUUCAACAUUUUCAUAGAUUACUUUUGCAUUAUAGAUAUUUUACAAAACAAAUACAUUUUUCUUAUUUCUUAUUUCUAUAUGCAAUUUAUUAACUGUAUUUGCCAUCGGGUAUCCUAUUUUGAGCAGUAAAUCAGAGAAAGAAAAAAUGAUUCGUUAUACCUUAUUAUCUUUGGAAUUCGUUGUUUAUAACAUAUUGAAUGAGAUAAUAAUAAGAAUAAUAUGCAUUCCCACUGUAUAAUUACAUUGUAUUGUUUUUUUUUUUUUUUUAGGGAUCCGAAGAAUACGGAUAUAAGGUCCAAACAAAUAACGUAAAUAUUCUAUUAUUUGUUUGAUAUUUUUUAAUCGUAUUACUUUAUAUGUUUACGUUUUAUAUUUAAUUAAUUAAAACAACUCUAAUAUCAUUUAACCAUAGAUAUUACAAUAAAAUCCAAAAUAAUUCAAAUUUUUUAUAUAAAAUAAUAGGAGUCCUAAAGUGUAUUUCCCCUAAUCGGUAUAGAUUUUUCAUAGUAAAUUUACUUAAAUUUCCCAUUGGUCCAUACCGGAUCCGAGGUGAAAUUCAUCGGGUUUAAGAAAAAUAUUGUUAUAUUGGUUUUUAUAUGUGCCGAUUCCCCGGGUCUGAUCCGGAGGUUCGGGUCGAAAAAUAUUGCGCCAGACAAUUCCCUCCAAGUGUUCCUGGAAGGAUUUACUCCAUUCCUGAUAUUUCGUGGUCAGUGUAAAUGAUGAACAUGUUGGUGUCCGAGAUUUAUCAUUUGUCAUUCAUCAUAAUUUAACAUAUUCGAAAAGCUGUCGGUCAGGACAACAUUGUUUUGAAAAAAGAAUUCUGAAACACCGAUAGAAUUGGACAGCCUUAUGAUUUAAGUAGGUAAUUGAAAGUGUAUAGCGAUGCACCGCGGAAAGUAUUCAGUUGUAAAAAAUUAGUUAUUAUUUUAUGAGUACCAACUAUACAAAAGAAACACGCGGUAUGUCUAUUGGGAUUAAUUACUAGUAGUAGUAAGUAUAUCUGUACUAGUGUGUGCAGGACAAGUAUGAAGUUCAGAGCUUGGAACCGAUAUUUUUACCGGAACAUUUUAAAAAUGUUAGAACCGAUACGUAACCGAAAACAUUUUUUGAUUUUCAUAGGAAUCUUAACUCAAACCGGAACCGAUAUUUGUUAGAAAAAAAUUUUUACUUUUUUUGUCAGUUAUGAUUUUAUCUGACUAAUCUUUCUAUUUAGGUAGUACAUCUGACUGACCGACAAUUAAAUCUAAUUGUACUAUUAUUCUUAACUUGUCGAAAUACAUAGAUUUCCGAAAAGAAAAUUGUUCGAAAAAUCACUUGGGAGUUUAACUGCAGUAUACCCAAAACUUCUUAAAAUGUUUGUUAUAAUAAUAAUUAUUUUUUAAAGUUUAAAUUAAUUUUGUAAUUAUAUAUUAUGCUUCCCGGUUGUUUUUGAAAGUAUUUCUCUAAAUCACGAUGCGUUGAAUAUUUCAUUUCAAAUAACUCAUACAAAAUUGAAAGGGAACCGAUUUGAAAAAUAACAGAGAUAAUAAGUGCUUUGUCUUAUAUUGAUCACUCUAUGUAUAUCCAAUAUUUUAAACUUCCUGUGAUACCUAAAAACAACAGAUAUUUGUCCAUGGUGCGAAUUAUCUCGGCUUUUAUGUUUCCUUUUUUAAAUUUGUAAUUCACACCAACAAUAAUUAUACUCUUUUAUUCCGACUGUACCUGUUAUUAUGUAGUAUCUAUGAAACUAUAUUGAAAUGAAGGUCGCAGAUGUAUCAUACAUUUAAAUAUAUUUUUUCUGAUAUAUUAUAAUACAAGACAAAGGAAUGACAGUAUAUAAUAUGCCUAUCUAAAAUAGAUUAUCUAAUAUUAUAAUAUGGUGAACUCAAAAAUUGUUCAUAAGACAAUAUAAUUAAAAUUUAAAUAUAAUAUUAUGUAUAAGACAAUCCACCUGAAACUUAAUUUACAAAAAAUCAAAUUUAAAUUAAUUGUUAUCAUUUUUUAAGGGUCGUCGGGAAGAUUUGUUAAAAAUAUUUUUUUCGGUAAUGUACCUACCAUACAUACUUAUACUUUAUAUACAUACCAUAUAAUAAUUUUACCAUCUAGCUUUAUCCAUUUCUAUAUUUUGUGUUAUUUUGAACUGAUUUGAACCAAAAGAUUGAUAAUUUACUUGAUAAUUAGUAUAUUGGCCAUAGAAAUUUAUUCACUAAUUAUUCCGUCAACUAUGAACCAAUUUUCGAAUGAUAUUUUAUUUUUUCAUUCGAUAUUCCUUCAAGACAGUCCUAUAGUCAUUUGAUCAAAAUCUGAUUAUAAAGUUCGGUGAUACGACUAGUUACGAAAUAUUACAAAUCGUCAAUACUUAAUAUAAUACCUAUUAAUUGUGUAUAAUAAUGGGUAGGAUGGGAUGAUUGCGUAUGAUGUACCUUAACAUAACAAAGUUCGCCAUUAAAUAUUACACUGUUAUCUCCCGACUAGUAAUCUAGUCCAGUCCAUUUUUUUUCAUUAAUAACUAGGACAUUAAUUUUAUGACGUUCUAUUUAUAACUUCAAAUUUUAAAGUUUUCCAUGUACUCCUAGUGAUCUGACAUUCCACAUCACUAUUUGCUUCUUCGUUAUACCUUUUGACGAAAAUCUGAACGGGGGACAUAUUUACCUCUGGAAUUUUUUACAUCUACAAUCGUCAUUUUAUCAUUAUCACUAUUACAUAACAAUUAAAUAGUAUUAUAUUAUCCGAUUUGAAUUUUGAAAUUUUUAUUUUUAAACGAUGAUAAAAUAUAUAAAAUAAAGGAAUCAUAGUAGAUUCUAGUAGGCUCCAGUAAUAAUUAAAAUCUAACAUUUAAAAAUAUUGAACACAAAAAAAGGUAUUUCAAUUGUCAGAUUAUUAUGUUCACUCUGUAUAUUAUAUUCCUCAAUUAUAGCUCAAUACCAUGGUGACUACGAAUGAUAAGGUGAACUGGACGUGGCCUAAUGAAGUAACUGAUACGUCAAAAAAUUCAUACAAUUUAGCCACAUUACAGAACAAAUUGAAGACCCAUUAUAAUUACCAAAGUAUCGUGCAAUACGAAAAUAUCGCGGCCGACGUGAUAUUAUACGUCGCGUUAAAAGAAGGGAUCAAAGUAUUGAAAGCAAUAAAACUUUAUAUUAAGUACUGUAUAUCAGAUAAUGAGAAUUUAAUUUUUAAUUCGCAAUUAGAUACUAAUAGGACAUUAUUGUUAACAUUCAAAUAUCACUUUGACGCUUUGAUCGAUACGAUAUUGCGUAAAAGACGUAUCAAUUUAAAGAAGAAUGCCAGUUUAAUAGAGUUUAAAGAGAUAGUAACAUAUUUAUUAAAAUUAAUGGAUCNUAAACCAUUUUGUAAGUUACGAGUGUAA